AAGUAAAGAAUUUAUAUUUUUAAGUACAUAAAAGUUGAGAGGAAACAUAAAGCUGAAAUAAUAAUAUUAAUAAUAGAAAGUGUUAGUGUAGAAUAUAAUAAAAAGCAAUAAAAUAAAUUAUGUUGGAAUUAAGUGAUUACAUAGAAAGCAAAGAAGCAUCAGUUCAUAACAGCAUUGAAACUAAUAAUACGAGCAAUAAAAUUAAUAAUAACAAUAAAAAUAGUGGCAAUGUGGAAUAUGUUGAAGUGAAUAAUGAGAUUAAAAUGGUUAAUAAACGAUCAAAAUCGUUAGAAAAGGAUGAUAAAGUUGUCAGUUUAAAGAGUAAUUUAAAGACGGGAGAAAAAUUAAAAAGACCCGAUACAGCUCCUCCAUAUCUCACUGCUAUGCUCACAUCUCCAUCAUCAACAACAACUAAAUGUAAUGUCAGUUCCGAUAUACUUAAUAAGGAAACAAGAAACGAAAGUUAUCACGAUAAUGAUAGUAACAAAAAUUUAAAUAUAUUAAAGACUGAAAGUGAAGUUAAAGAAAAUAUAAAUAAAUGUGACAUAAAUAUUGUGGAUAAUCAAUCACAGCGCUCAGUUACUAUGACGUGGCAUGAGCACAUAUACCGAAAACCGCCCAAAAAACCCACACCUUACUCUAUUAUGGAUAUACUACAGUGGGGAUGUAAGAGAAAAUCACCGAGCCCCAUUGAUUUAGUCAAUAGUGAUAAAAAUAAUAAUUCUAAUCGAACUUAUCAAAAUGUUGAACCUUCGACACUCCAACAUUUACUUAAUUUGAAUUUGAACUCACCUCGAAGUGCCAAUAAUAAUAAUAAUACAAAUAGUAAUCAUAGCAACAGUCGAGGAUUAUCGUAUGCUGAAACAAGUGAAGAUGAAAGCAAUUUAAGUGAUCAACCAUUAAAUUUAUGUGUAAUUAAGUCAAGAGAUUCAUCUCCUGGAUUAGAACAGCGGAAUAUUUCCAGCAUAAAAUCUAAAAAAGACAUGCCAAAAAAGUCAAUUUUAAAACGAAAGCGCUCAAUUGAUGUGACUUCCGAUUCGUAUUUAUCAAAUGAUUCAUUAAGUUAUAAAGAGAGUUCAGCUAAUGAGAAAGAUAUUGAUGACGAUGACAUCAUGAAUGAAGAUGGAUAUGAUGAGCAGUUGGUGGACGGCAAGCGUAAAAAGAAGGCACGGACGACAUUUACGGGACGGCAAAUUUUUGAGCUUGAGAAGCAGUUUGAGGUGAAAAAGUAUUUGAGUUCGAGUGAGAGGACUGAGAUGGCGAGAAUAUUGAAUGUCACGGAGACACAAGUCAAAAUUUGGUUCCAGAACCGAAGGACGAAAUGGAAAAAACAAGAAAACAUAACGAACGCUGAAGCCAGCGAGCACAAGACCACUGGACCGAAAGGAUCUGAAUCAAGUAAUUCACCCGAAAUCCCUAAAUCAGGAACAAAAUCAAUUACAGCUGAACUGAAUGCAAAAAUAACCGCAAAGCAAAAUUCACGACAAAAACAACAGCAACAACCGCCGUAUAUUUAUGCGAAUGGUACAAAAAGCAUCAGGAGUAUGGAUCCGCCAAAAUUAAAGCACGUACUAGAUCAUAAGCCAAGUAGAAAUUUUCUUCUGAACCACAGCGACAUCCAUAGAGAUAAUUAUUCAGAUACGAAGUGUACGCUAAGUCACAGUGAUGUCGAAAGUCAUUUGUCAAGCUCUAGAAUACCGAUAAAUGAUUUUAAGUCUAAGACUACAGCAACACCAGUUACCUUAAAUCUUAAAAAGAAUUAUCUCUGAAAGCGAAUCAAGUUUCAUAAAUUAAGAAAGAAGGAAGUCAUUUUAGAGAAUUUUGAAUUAAAAUUAAAAGACAAUCCGAACCUUUAAAAAGAGAAAUUAGAUAUUGCAUUUAAAUAAAAGUAUACGAAUUUUAGGACUAAAGAGAGUGAAUAGUCUCAUAAAUUAGCGCAACUACUAGUGGGCACUUUUUGGAGUUGAUUCUUAGUCAAAAAUAUAGAAAGUCAAUUCUUAGUAAUUAUUUGUGCAAUAAGAAUCAAUUUAAAAUGUUCUAUUGAUCAUAACUUCAACAA